ACAAAACUUGGCAGCUUGAAAGUCUCGGAAGGUAGAAGACCGCGCGGGUCUUUUCAGUUAUAGCGGGCGUUGCUGCUGCUGCAUCUUGCAGUCUGAUUCUGCUUUUGCGAGCGGCCGUUGCAGGAUGGUGCGGACCAAGGCGGACUGCGGCGGGACCGGCGGAGCCUACCGGAAAGGUACGGCAAUAGGUUUUAGUGUACAUGGGUUUCAAACCACUGUGCUCAUCGUAGGGAAACCCGGCGUCUAACUUUUGCUCAGCCGUGCAACUGCGCCUGGGUGGUUUCUGCACGCUGUCAUUCAGGUUAGCCUACCUUACAGGGUUGUUGGGAGAAUGAAACGGAGGGAAGAGCUGAACCAUAACGUGUCGCCCUGGGCAUCUUUAGAGGAAGGAGGGCAUUAAACUUUAGCCAAGUUGCUAAAGAGUUUUUUUUUGUAGUUUUUUUUUUAAAUGAUAUUUAUUAAAGUUUCAAAAGAAAGAUACAUAAAUAAGAAAGAGAAAAAUAGAAAAAAGAAAAAUACAAAAUACAAAAAAAAACAGUUAAAAACAAUUCCAUCUUUUCAUCACUUCUCUUUCAUUUACUUGUUUCCCGGACCUCCUCAUACCUCCCUUUUUUGUAUUCCAGUUCAAUUUAUUAGUCCAGCAAUUCCUUUCCCUCCUUUUUAAUCCUGAACUUUAAUCUUAAUAUAUUAUAGCAUUAGGUUUUUACGUAUUGAAAAUCCAAUUUUUCCAUAUUCUUUUAUACCAUUACAGCUAGAAACCACUUAACUUCAAUCCAACAUCAUUCUAACAUUCAUUAAUUUUUUUGUAGUUUUUUUUUAGUAGACGGGGGGGGGGGGGAGAGAGUCUUGUUACUGGACCGGGAUUUGGGGGGUGGAAGGUUGUUGGGAAUAUAUUUGCAGGGAUUGGAGUACAGUAGUUUGUUUUAAACCUGCUUGGAUAUUCGGACCGGCCCACUUUCUCCUGCAUUCGGGGGGCGCUGGCCGUGGCAAGAAAAUAUUCGAAAGUAUCGUUAGAUAAAACUGCGGAUGUCUUUGCAGCUUUCUAGAACUAAGCUCCAGUUCUGGAGCCAGGUGGUGGAGCCGAGACUUGCAGUACUCCUGCAUUAACCUUGAAGCCCUGGGGAGAUUUGAGCAUGGCAAGUUGUGGGAUGAUAGGAAAUGAAUAAUCUUCAGCGUUUUAUGGUUCCAAGUGUUUCCUGUGCAUUAGCUGUGUUGCAAUCCUUACCGCAAGAUUAAUUGGCAUUUUUUUUCUACUUGGCCAUGGAAAGGUUGAUGCUGAGAAGGACUUCCAUAGGGCGGGAUGUAGGAUUUGAAAGGGCCAUGCCUUUGGCCAAGUAUCUUCUGCAUGUUCCUUCCUAUGUUGGCAGGCAUGAUCUUAUUUCAUGUGCUAUGAGCUUUCGCUUUAAAUUUCCUGUAGUGCUCUGGACACCUCAUUUAGAUACAUUCUGGAGCAUUGUAAGAUUCAUUAAACUUUAAAAAAAAAAAUCAGUUGGUGUUGGAGGCUUAGGGCAAAUAUCUGCACUAUAAAUGUCAUAUUGGGACCUUUGCAGCAACCUAUGAGUUCUGUCAACUGGCCUAAGGUCAGCUAGUGAAAUAAUGGCUACAUUCACAACAAACACUGAAAGCACCAGGAUACCACUUUAAGCAGUCAUGGUGCACCUCAAAUAAUUCUGGGAGCUGUAGUUUAAGGGUGCUGAGAAUUGUUAGAAGACCUCUAUUCCACUCCCAGAAGUACAAUUCUCAAUGUGGUUUAACAACCAGUCCCUCUUUACAAUGAAGGCUGGGAAUUGUUAGUAUUCCUUUAUUCCCCUCUGAAAGCUAUAACUCUCAGCAUCCUUGACAAACUACAACUCCCAGAAUUCUUUGGGGGAAGCUAUGACUGUUUAACAGUGAUAUUACAGUACUUUAAAUGUAUUGUUGCACAGCACCUCAAUCUCUGAGCAGUUUGAUAUUCCAGGAGUUCCAGGGUUUGUGUUUGCUUUUGGAACGAGGCACAGCAGACACUGUAGUAUCUUUAGAAUAAAUGGUUUAUUUAGAUACAGUAUAUAUACAGCCUGAGCCUACUGGGUACACAGCAUCAGCACUCUGAAAAGGGUCUUCUUUCUCCCAUAGCCACAGUCUUGGAUCAAAACAGGGCUCUCUCUUUUUAAAAUAUCUUUUUAUUGGGUUUUAUAAACAGGAAUUAUAAAUGAUACAGAUAAAUAGACUAAGUCUCAUGUCAGUUAAAAACCACAGAAAUGGCACAAUAAAUUUGCAGGAAUCUCUACAACAUUAUUAUUGGUUAAUGUACAAGUACUUGGUUCAUAGUUUAAAUAAAAAUUAUAACAACAGGGAAACAGUUUAAAACAGGCAACAUUCAACAUCCCACAGCUAAAAUGCCUAAUCAGGAGGCCUUUUGACUUUCUAGCUAACAGAUAGUUGAGGGAGGGGCCCCCACCCAUUUGCCCUCUGGCACAGCCCCACUCCCCUUGUUCUCAUACUUAGGCUGGCUCUAGACACAUCAGAGAUGCAUUUCAGUUUGCAAACUUUGUAUUAGAAAUCGGGUUAGCAAAAACAGAACUCCACAGCGCCAUCUGGCGUCAGUGUUAGAAUGCAUAAACAACACAUACUGUAUACGUAAAGCGUUUUUUUCUUUACCAAUGUAGCUAAGUGCUUAGUGGGCCAUUACCUGGCUGGCGUUGCUGUUCCAGCAAUUGAAUCUCUGCUGGAUCCAGAAAUUAGAAGAGGGCCCAGGCAUUCAGCCUCCCAUCCCCCCCAAACUCAUAACAGUAUGGUGUGAAUGUGGCCAGUAACAGAGGUGAGCCCUGAACUGGAGACUUCUGGACAUGUUUAGCUUCUUAUCCUCUCCGCUAGGUUGGCUCUUAUGGUGGAUAUCUAAAUUUAGGCAUGGUGAUUGUGGUAGGGCUUCCAUUUGUGCUAGAGUAAUGCUUGCUAAUGGGGUUUAUUGUUCACCUAUAGCUGUGCUGUGGUUUAAAUGUGUAAGCAGUUUACUUGAGAAGUAAAAAGCCCUGUAGCUGGGCUGUGAUUCCGCAUGCCCUAUUCUGGGAUUAGGCCCUGUUGAACUCAGGGGAACUUGUUAGUAUGCAUGUAUAGAAUAGAAUUGCACGUAUGGUUGGCACUGCAAUUCAACCUUGCCUUCCUGUGAAAGUUAGUUGGGGAUCCACAUCUCCAGGCAUGUGCAAUGUGCCUUCCAAACAUUGAAUUAACUACAGCCAGACCCCUAGGGUAAAGGCUUGUUGUGCUGGUCUCAAGUAGACUUUAGAAUCAAGAUCUCUUCUUUUUUUGUGUGGGUUAAGUUCCUGAAAAUAUCUAACCCUUUUCUUCUCCUACAACCCUAGUGGUGGCUGCCAGGGCUCCACGGAAAGUGCUGGGCUCCGGAAACGCUGAUUUGGGCUCCUCUCCUAUUUCACGGAAAGGUGAGCAAAGGGGUGAGGACAGCAAGGUUUGAGUCUUGGCUGCCUUUCAUGUGGCUUGGGGCAUGUAUUGUGGAUUACCUGCUUUAAAAACAAAAACAGGGAUUCUCUGAUCUCUGCUCGGCGACUUCCUUCGUCACGUCUGGAAGCCAGCACUUUGGUAAAUAUGUAAUGCUGCUGAUAUCCUAAUUUUGGUUAACUUCUGACUGGAUAGUGCUCUGCUGCACAAGGAUUUGGUGUUUACCAAACAGGGCAGUUAAUUCCGGAACCAUUUGUCAUGAUGCAAGAGUGCUGCAAUAAGUUAAAGGAAGGCUCCAGUGUGCUUGAAUUCUCCAACUACAGAAGAAGCUGAUUUUGUGUUUUCCGUGCUCUGGCCUUGCAUAAUUUUAAUUAGUGAAGUGAAGCGGAACAUUUUCAUGCACUACUUUCCGUAACUGAUUUUCCAGUGUUGCAUUUUUCCAUACAAAAAGUUCCCUUUUGUAAGUUCAUUAGCAGCAGUGAAUUGAUGCCAACUGCAAAUACAGAAUAAUACAAGAUUGGCCGUUUCAAAAGCAUAGUAGCUUGAGAAACUUUGGUGCUGUGUCUACAACGUUAAGCUGAUGAGUUGCAUUUCUUCCCCUUUGACUGUUACUUCUUGAAUAGUUUGUAUCUGAUGUGUACCAUCCACCCAAGUACGCACUGAACCCAAGGAAUCCAUUGCGGUUUGAGAUCUAGGCUGCAGUCCUAAGGCACUUGAGCAAAAGACAGACUGCAGUACUGUGAACUGUGGCAUUUAGUGACUAAACUUUUAUGAGAUUAUGCAGUUCAAAUCAUUUGAGUUUUGCUUCUGACAAACAUGUUAGAAUCUGGCAAAUAGGCACAUUAAUCAGUGCUCUUUCAUUAAGACUUCACUGAAGAUGGGUAAAACCACCUGGCAGCUUAUUCCUCAUGCCCUAGGUUUCCUGUCUUUUAUGCAGAUUUCAUUUUUGGAUUGAAGCUUUUGCAGUUAAUGAUCUUGGGUGUGUUGAGUUCUUUAUGAUUGUUCAGCGCUGAAGUAUUUUUAACCACAUUUUGCAGCUGAAAGUAAAUAUGCUGGUGGCAACCCAGUGUGUGUGAGGCCAACACCGCCAUGGCAAAAAGGAAUUGGGGAGUUCUUCACACAGUCCCCAAAGCAUUUGGAGAAGGAGAACCAGGUCCCUGAGGAGCCGGGAUGCAGUGGAAUAGGAAAGCACAGAAGAAAGUAAGACGGGAGAUCUGCAAAAAAUAAAAUAAUACUGUAGCUGGAAAGUGCAAUGUGAUAAGCCAUGUAUUCUAUUGAGCUGUGAAACAUUCCUAUGGGGAUUGAAGAACCCAUUUCAAAUUUAGCUGUUGAACAAGCUGAAACAGGGGCUGCCUGGGGUGAAACGCGAAGGGGCUGCCUUGCACAGCACCCACCUCCCUUUGUCCCUGCUGAAGUCUCGCUUAUUAAGGUUGUGCGAUUGUGGUUUCCGGUGAGAUCGUACAAGGCCUCUGCUCAAUUUUGUGCCGCUCUCCUAUGAUCUCGCAGGAAGCUGCUGCAGCCACUUCUCUGGUGGUGCUGGGGGAGUCUACUUGUGGCGGCGCCCCUUGGAUUCUGCUGCCUGAGGCAGCUGCCUCAGUCUGCCUCCAGGACAGGCUGGCCCUGAGCUGAUAUAAAGUUUGCAAUUUUCAUCUGAAUCUGCUCGUUUCUGAAACGAGCAUUCCCAAGUUGCUCACUUGCAGAGACUUCUGCUUCCACCCACAGAUAAGAGGUUUAGUUUUAGGUUCCCUAUUACCCAUAGCAAGAAGGACCAUUAGUUAAACUAGAUCUUUGUCCUAAUUAAACUCCCUUCCUCAGCAUGACCAUUUGGUAAAAGCUGUUGGGAAUCAUGGAGAAUAGAGCAAAAUUUUAGGUUUUUAAGUUACUCCACAUAUAAAAUACACAUAAAUUUUGCUUUGUUGCUUUUUAUGUAUUGCUCUUAAAAACACAGUCAUAGUUUCCCAGCAGAAUUUAAGAAAGGCAGCCUUUUAUGCAGAACUGGGCUGAGUUUGAUUUAAAUGAUUCCAUACUAGGGAAGAAGCCUUUGGCAGUCACUUUCUGAGUCCAUUGUCAUGAUGAUCAUGAUCAUCAGUAUCCAUUCUAUUACAAAAGGAGGGCUGUUGAAUAAUCUUGUUAAACUAUUUUGUUAUCUUCAGUUAGAAUCUAGAUUCCAGGGGCUGAGCACCCUGCGUUAGGAUACUUUAAUCCCUGCUAAAGGGCACUAGCUUCCUAAAUAUAGCUGACUUGGAUGUAUGGUAUUUUAAUAAAUGAGAAACAUGAAACAUGAAUAACUUGUUCUAAAUAGAUGGGGGCAAUUGGUAUUGGUAGCUGGAGAUGUAGAAUGUAGCAACUGAUACAGGAAACUGUUCAUAAAAUCUCCAAUGCUUUGCAUGGCCCCAUCUAUUUGCAUUCACAAUGUUUUGGUACUGGGAUGCUGAGAAUGCAGGCCAUGAAUUGUUCUGUCUAGCCUAUUUCAAAAAUAACCUGGGGUAUAAACUUAAAUGUUUGCAAAAGUGCCAGGACUUGUGGAUUCCCUAUAACAUUUUUACUAUGUUUUUAUAUGUGCUGUAAGUCAGAUGGACAGGUACAAUUUUUAUUAUUAUUAUUAUUAUUAUCUCAGCAGACAUACUGCAUCAGGCAAAACGUUCUGGCUGGCAGUUGGGCAGAAUUACCUAUCUCAUCCAGAGCACAGAAAUCUUUGUCGCCACAAUGUUUGUUUUCUCCAAUAUGUAGUGGUACAUUAACAACAGAUAAAACAUUAUUGUGUUGAUUUUUAAUAGUUCUGAUAGGAAACAUCUGCAGUGUGGUCAUCAAUAUUACAAUCUCUUAAAUAAUUUGAGGUUGUGACUCCUUGGUAAUCUUGAUCAUUUAUUCAUGCCUGGACUUAUCAUGUUAAUAUAUAUUUUUCCAUGUUAUACGAAAUGAAAAACUUUGAAAAUAAGUUUUUUAAAACCCUUUAAAUUGUUUAAUUGUUUUUAAUAAAAAGAAAAAAGGUAUAUCACUAUAGGAGUUAACAAUUCCAUAUAUACUUAUCUAAUAUAUAAAUAAACCACUGUACGGUUGAUUUUUUGAUGAUAAAAAUCCCUCCUCUCCACAGAGCUCGCCCAUUGUCUCCUCAUCCUGCUGAAGACGGAUCACCUUCUGAAGAUGAUCAGAUGUGAUCAGAUGCCUUGCCUCUUCUUCUGACAGAUCUUGCCAUGCUCAAUGUUUGUGGCAGCUUUGUGUGUAAAUCUGUAUAUAUUGCAUGUGUUUUGGUUUGAGUACAGGUCUCUAAAAGCCUAGCAUGCUGUUUUGUUUACUAAAAUAACCUAAAACUUGAAUGACUCUAAGGGAAUUGAGAAAACUAGUAUUUUGUGGGAGCUUAGCUACCAAUCGAGCAUUGCAGUGUUGAGUAAGUAGUAAUCAUGGGGUUUGUGUUGAAUGGUGUGGUUUAUGUCUUUCUGCACUCCCUAAAGUUCUGUGCCAUAUGAGUGUUGAAAUGACUGUAUUACCUUUUUAAAAAACCUAUGUUUGUAUUUUGAUGCAAUUCAUUACCUUGAGUUGAUAUGACUUGGCCUCUCUUUCUGAGUGUUCGAGAAGGGUGAAACUGAAACUCCAGCUAUUUAAACUGGGAACACCAAAAAGCAUAAUUUGUAAUAAAAUAAUUUGUAAUAAAAUAACUUCCUGAGUUUUCU